GCUGGCGGUGGCACGGGUGCGCGCAGUGAGCGCGAGAACGCGCUGGGCGGCGCGGGUCCGGGUAUGAAGCUGGGCCGGGCUGCGUUGGGCCUGCUGCUCCUCGCGCCUUUGGUGGUGCGGGCGCUGGAGCCCAUCAGCGUGGGCCUGGCCCUGGCCGGCGUCCUCACCGGCUACAUCUACCCGCGCCUCUACUGCCUCUUCACGGAGUGCUGCGGCCAGAAGCGGAGCCUCAGCCGGGAGGCGCUGCAGAAGGAUCUGGACAACAAGCUCUUUGGACAGCACCUUGCAAAGAAGAUCAUCUUAAAUGCUGUGUCUGGUUUCAUAAACAACCCAAAGCCCAAGAAGCCUCUCACCCUCUCCCUGCACGGGUGGACAGGCACUGGCAAAAAUUUUGUCAGCAAGAUCAUCGCAGAGAAUAUUUACGAGGGUGGUCUGAACAGUGAUUAUGUCCAUCUGUUUGUGGCCACACUGCACUUUCCACAUGCUUCGAACAUCACCCUAUACAAGGAUCAGUUACAGUUGUGGAUUCGAGGCAACGUGAGUGCCUGCGCAAGGUCCAUCUUCAUAUUUGAUGAAAUGGAUAAAAUGCACGCAGGCCUCAUAGAUGCCAUCAAGCCCUUCCUAGACUAUUACGAGCUGGUGGACGGGGUCUCCUACCAGAAAGCCAUCUUCAUGUUUCUCAGCAAUGCUGGCGCAGAAAGGAUCACAGACGUGGCUUUAGAUUUCUGGAGGAAUGGAAAGCAGAGGGAAGAAAUCAAGCUCAAAGACAUUGAGCAUGCCUUGUCUCUGUCAGUCUUCAAUAACAAGAACAAAGGAACAGUGCCUGCUCUCUACUGGAUUCAAGAUCACGUGCAAACUUUGCUGUAUUAAAUGUUUUGACUCCUUUAUCACUGGUUUUGUUAUGUUAAAUCACGACUUCCCAACCUAGGAAAGUUUAGCUUCCCCUUGGAGGAUGCUGAGAAUGGGAUUAUUUAUAAAUGCAAAUAGAUGCCACUUUGUAAUUAAAUUUCAUGUGUGAAACUUGUAAGUACAUCUUUUCAGGGGGAGAGAAACCUGCCGCUGUGGGCUGUGAAGGCCGAGCAGAGGCAGUGCAGGUUGGAACAGAACACAGUCUCACGCAGGACUCUCGGGCCCCUCACCCAGCUGCCCCAGAACCGCAUUCUGUUACCCAGGUUCAUGGAACUGCAGACACCAGGGAGGAGGGGCUGAGGGAGACAACGUCCUGUCCUGUGCAACCUGCAUGUGCCCACAAAGGGCAGGGCUCCUGUGGGCAUGGUGCUCUUAGGGUGAAGGCAGGGAUACCUUUGUAGCGGCAGGUCUGAGGCAGGACCCUCUGCCUCUCACUCCCCAGCCGGAAUGGGGCUCUUCUAGGGUGGCCCAGGCUCCAAGUCUUAGAAAGCACCUGGCACCCAGUUGAAGCUGGCCUGUUAACGUCCCCAGGGGUCAGAUUAGGUCUAGUCACUUAUUUGAAAAUUGCAGCCCUGGCACCUAGGAGUCCCCUAAUUAGGGAACAAUUUGGAAAGCUUAGUCUUUGUAGAUGAGGCAAUUUGGUGUAGAGUAGAAACUGCAUCAGCCUGAGAACCAGAUCGAGGAAGGUGGUCUCAUGGGUCUGGAGAACGUUCAGAAAAGAAACUAAGAGUGAGGAAGGUUUGAAUUUACUAGUCCUAAAUCAGUGAAUCUUCAGUCCUGUGAAGCGGGUCCAUGUUAGCAAUUCACUGACCAGAGGUAAGAGAUCAGGUUAAACGUGAUUAAGCUGAGACUGGAUCAACAUGACUAGAUUUCCAUGAUUUACCAGUUUGAGGAAGGAGGAUGGGGCAGGUAGGUUUCCUCAUCUGAGCUCAGUUCACAAUGUGAAGCUGAUUAAUGUUUUCCCUGUGCCUCAAUUUCCUUCCUAGGUUAAUUUUAGAAUAUACAGAAAGACCCAUUAAGUGGAGGGUGUAUUUUUAAUUUUUUAUUUAAGACAGUCUUACUUUGUCACCCUCGGUAGAGUGCUGUGGCAUCAUAGCUCACAGCAACCUGAAACUCUUGGGCUCAAGCAAUCUUUUUGCCUCACCUUCUCGAGUAGCUGGGUCUACAGACACCCACCAUGAUGCUUGGCUAGUUUUUUGUAUUUUUAGUAGAGAGGGGGUCUCACUGUUGCUCAAGCUGAUCUUGAACUGAGCUCAAACAAUCUGCCCACCACAUAAGGCCAAUAUACAGGGCGGUCAUAAAGUCCAUGGGCAAUGUAAAAUUGCACAUGAAUUUUAAGGCCACGCUGUAUCUUUUAGAAGUCCAUUUUCUGGUGAAAAUAUCCAUCCCCUAACCCAAUUUAACGCCAUACUUGGGGAUAACAGCCUUUAACGUAAGUUCUGACUCUGUGAGGUACAGACUGCCCACCUGUGUGUCCAGGGACAGUAAGUAACACUUGGGCUGUUGAGUCUUUAUUCCAGACUGUUACCAAAUAAACUAGGGGGAAAAGUUAGCAAGGGACAACUCACAUCAUAAAUCUAGGCUUUAUUAUUUUGUAUUCUUGUCCGCAUUUUACAAAGGGUGGGGGAGGCUGGGCCAUGGCCAAGCUACACUCAGUCACGGUGGUCCAAAGGUGGCCAACAAGUGUUGGGUUUAUUGAUUGCGUCAUCAUAAACAGAAAGUCUUGUCUCCUUUUGACCAGAUAUCCAAAAGGUUAUAAAAGCAAUGUAAUUUAGCUCCAAUUUGAGAAUAGGUAUUAAAACUUUAAGCCUUCCCUUGGCAUUUUUAAAAGACUAAGUGUGAUACACUAUAAGGCAGUUCCAUGUCAUAAAUGCACACUACCACAUUUUACAUGUGAAAACACCACAUGGUUCUAAUGACGUGUCUGCAGCUGCAUUGUAACAACAGGAGAGACACAGAAUGAAUCACACCAGGUGGCAUCUAAGUCUUACUUGCCAUGAUCAGGGCCAUCCAGUCUGGUGCUGCCACAAAGGGUAUCCUUAUCAGGUGAUACCCAAUACCUGCCACAACUUCAGACUGACCUUGUAUGAUCCAUGAUUGUGACCAUACAUUGCCAUGUAUUCAACAAGUACCUGAGAAAGGAAUAAACAAUUAUUCCAUUUUGUGUCCUUCCCGUAUUUUAAAAUAAGCAAUGUCCUAUACUUCUAUUAUCUGAGAUUCAGAAGUAAAAACAUUACCAAAAAAAUACUUAUCCUUGAGAACUCUAAAUUUCUAGGGUUCAACACUCCUACUUCUUUGGCAAUGCAAAAUCUGUAAAACUGUCCCCUCAGUCUGGGUGGGUGUCAAUCAUGGAGAAUGUCCUACAGACUUGAAAAGGUUUGCAGUCAAGUGGAAGACUGACCCACACACAAAGUUUAACAAACAUCUCGCCACGGGAACCAAGGACUCAAAAACCCAAUGGUCUCAUUCUGAUUGGCUAUAU